AUGUUCCAGCUAACAGCCACUCCACAAAAUGGCCUUGCAGAUGAGCCAGUGCACAUCCAAGUGACAGGCUUGCCCCCAUCCCAGAUGGUGACCCUCAAGGCCUCCCUGAAGGAUGAGAAGGGGAAUCUGUUUCGGUCCAAAGCCUUCUAUAGGGCUAAUGAAGCUGGAGAGGUAGAUGUGAAGUGAGAUCCCGCAUUAGGGGGUGAUUAUAUAGGGGUCCAUGCUAUGGGCCUCUUCUGGUCUCUGAAUCCUGAAAAGGCUUUCCGGAGGCUGCUCAAGAGGGAUGUGAUAAAUGAUCCCUUUAGGGUCACUCUGGACCUAUAUGACUCUGUUUGCUUGCAAGAUUCAACCACAGCUCAGCCCAGGGCCAGCCAGAUGGUGCAGCGCUGGUUCUUGGGCCCUGGGGUGCAGCGGAAGCAGAUCAGAGAAGGUCGUGUGAGAGGAGCCCUUUUUCUCCCUCCAGGAGAAGGCCCUUUCCCAGGAAUCACUGAUUUGUUUGGGAACAUUGGGAGUCUAGUUGAAUUUCGGGCCAGUCUUUUGGCUACCCAUGGCUUUGCAGUAUUGGCACUGGCAUAUUUUGCCUAUGAAGACCUGGCUGAGAAACUGCUGGAGUUGGACUUGGAAUAUUUUGAAGAAGCUGCCAACUUUCUACUAGCUCAUCCCAAGAUCCAAAGGUCAGGAAUUGGCGUGAUCUCCGUGUCCAAAGGUGCAGAGGUUGGGCUGGCCAUGGCCUGCUAUCUGAAGCAGGUGGUAGCCACCGUCUGCAUCAAUGGGCCCAACGCUGUCUUGGAUAUCCCGCUCAGAUACAGGGAUCUUCUUAUAAUGCCCAUGCACUUCCAUAGGGAUCGCAUCCAGACCCAUAUCUCUGGGGCUGUGCACUUUCGCAAUGGGAACAGAGACCCCCGGAAUGAGCUGAACCAGCAGAGUGUGCUUCCUGUGGAAAAGGCCCAAGGUUGCAUCCUCUUCAUCGUAGGAGAGAAUGAUGAAUGCUUGGAUAGCUGAGCAUACUCGGAGCAGGCCAUGGAGCAGCUGAAGAGCCACGGCAGAAGCACUGGAAAGAUGCUGGUGUACUCUGGGGCAGGCCACCUCAUAGAGCUGCCCUAUGCUCCCUUGUGCUUUGCAUCCUGGAGUGCAGUGCUCCCCUGUCCUGUGCUCUGGGGAGGAGAUCCUGUUGCCCAUGCUGCAGCCCAGGAGCAUUCCUGGGGAGAGAUACAGAAAUUCUCCAGGCAACACUUCAGAGGGACCAGAGGCAAACUCUAA